AUGACGGAAUCCGUGACUGCUUUUCCGCCGGAGAUGCCUGAUCCCAACCCUAUCAUGCAAUCAGAUUCCGAUUUGAUCUCUGUUCCGCCGCUAGAUCCUCUUUUCCUAUCUGCUUCCGAUCCGAUUUCAAUGGAACUCCCGAUCUCCGAUCUAGACUUCUUAUUCGAAGACGAGAACGGCGAUUUACCGGAUUUCGAUUUCCCAUUUGAUGAUUCCGAUGAUUUCUUCAACUUUACCCUGGACGCGGAGACCCCGGUGGUGAUCCCAGAGGAGUUCGGGAGCUCUGGAGCGAUCGGAAACGAUGCGAAUUUGGAUUCAUCGGAAACCAGGAACGGCGAUAGAGGCUCAGAAGGUCGAUCUGAUUCUGUUCAUUCUCAGGUGUCAUCUCAAGGCUCGAAGACUUUUGUGUCCGGCGCUUGCGACACCGUUGACGCGUUAUCCUCCCCUGAAUCGAGCAAUCUAGGGGUUCACCAGAAACCUUCUGUCAGCAAGAGGAAGAAGGAAAAGGGAGACUCAGGGGCUGAGUACAGAAGCUUCAAGUACCAAAAGUCCGACGAUAAAUCAGCCGCGACAACAGUCGAUGAGGAUGAUGACAAGAAGAAGGUGAGGCUGAUUAGGAACCGUGAAAGCGCUCAGCUUUCGAGGCUGAGGAAGAAGCAAUACGUUGAGGAGCUUCAAGGGAAAGUGAAGAGUAUGAAUUCCACCAUUGCUGAACUGAAUGGUAAGAUAUCGUAUGUUAUGGCCGAGAAUGCAGCGCUAAGGCAUCAGAUGGCUGCUGCUUCCGGUGCUCCUCCUAUGAAUCCUUACAUGGCUGCACCACCACUACCGUAUCAAUGGAUGCCGUAUCCACCUUAUCCGGUCAGAGCUUAUGGAUCGCAGACUCCAUUGGUUCCUAUUCCUAGACUGACUGGUAGGACGAGGAAGGCAGAUAGUAAGAAGAAUGAGGGUAAAAGCAAACUCAAGAAGGUUGCCAGUAUUAGUUUUAUUGGGAUUCUGUUCUUUGUUUUCUUGUUUGGUACUUUGGUUCCGUUUAUGAAUGUAAACUAUGGAGGAGAGAGUGGAAGCUUUGGCGGUUUGGCUAAUUAUGAGGGUCGUCGAUAUUAUGACGAGCUUAAAGGGAAGGUUCUAAUGGUUGGCGAUGGCUCUGAUGUUAGAAGAGAAAGUGGAAUAUCUAAAGGAAGUCUCCAUUCUAGUAGGAGUCGUGGUGAGAGAGAUAGUUGUGGAGGAGUAGAUUAUAGUGCUCAUCCCAAAGUAGACGGAAGACCAAGUCCACUGAGCAAUGCCAGUGAGCCUCUCUUUGCUUCUCUCUAUGUCCCAAGAAACGAUGGCCUUGUGAAGAUCGACGGGAACUUGAUUAUUCAUUCUGUUUUGGCGAGCGAGAAAGCUACGGCUUUCGCCAAGAAGAAUAUCUCUGAACCGAUAAAAGACAAAGAACCCGAGUUGACAACUCCCAGUGCCCUGUCUUCUGCAUUAGCUGUCCCUGGUGUCAGAGGAGAUGGAGCGAUGCUUCCACAUUCCAAGGCUCUCUCUUCUGGUUCAUCCGAAGGGAAGAGACUUCACCAAUGGUUUCAUGAAGGUGGCUCAGGGACACUAAUGGAUUACAGCAUGUGCACCGAGGUUUUCCAGUUUGAUAUUGCUCCUGGUGCGAUAGUCCCAUCAUCAGUCUCCAACAUUACACGGGAGCAUCUCCAAAAUGUCACCACCCACGACAAGAGAAUGAAGAACAGGAGGAUUCUCGAGGGGCUUCCGGUUUCACUUGUGGCAUCUGAGCUCAACAUCACUGGAACCCAGCCGACCAAAGACGAUCAAAACAAGAGCUUCCAUGGGAACAGUAACAACAAACCCACAUCGUCAUCCUCCAUGGUUGUCUCGGUGUUGCUUGAUCCGAGGGAGAUUGUUGACUCUGAAACCGAUAGAGUCAUACCCCCAAACCCGAAAUCACUUUCCCGGAUAUUCGUGGUGGUGCUUCUAGACAGCGUCAAGUACGUUACCUACUCAUGCGUUCUUCCCCGGUCGGGUCUCCAUCUCGUGGCCACCUGA